ACACUAAGUAUGUGUUAAUUAACCCCAUUAUACUUCCUGGUUUGUGUGAUGCGAGUAGUUCUCUUACCAUCAUCUACGGUGGACUCUUCUAAUAUGUGUGUGCUUGUUUCUAGAACAAAUACUAUUCUAUAAAUACUUUUAGUCUUAGGACCAGUAUAAAGUUACUAUUUCAUCAUAAUGUUACGAUUCAUCUAAUAUAUUCAGACCCAACGUUAUUUUGAGGUCAGAGCUAGCAAGACAUGGAUGAUUUGAAUGAGGAAAAUGCAUUUAGAGGAACUCACGAGGUAGACGACAGUGGCGAGGGCUGCCCUCACGUUUUAGACUGCACCAAAAACCCGAACCACGAGAACUUUAUUCCCAUCGAUGAGUUCAACAUCGGACAUCUUCCAGCGCGCUAUCAGGACCAGGACAUGCUUGACGUCAUCAGGACACAGGCUGACCUCACCGUCAUGGUCACGGUCAACUCAACAAGUCCCCGAAGACCUGAUUUUUACCUGGGGGUCGAUUUGACGUCUAAAAAUAGCAGCUACCCCGCAACCAGAAGCGGAACAGGUCGCGUCAGGGGAGGUUAUGAAUGUGUAGGUCAAGGUCACUGUGUUUGUGUUAACUGUGAACAUUCGAAACAUCCGAGCCUGAAGUGGGGGAAAAUCCGAGUGCUCACCGCGACGCAUGUUGUGUUUGACGAAAGCGAGGCUAUAAACACGACAUGUGUUCUAGGUUUCAACAACAGCAGCAGUUGUGUAACGAAGUUAAAAGUCUGUGAUAUGAGCAAAGCCGACGUUAAGGGCGACCUGGCCAGGCUGACGUGUGUCACGUGUGACAUGGAUUUAAUCAACAGUUUAAACGAAACCGUCAGCCGAUUCUACAACUUGUGUAAUGUUGUGAAUAAAAAAUACCAUCGGUUCGUUAACCUGGAUAAAUUAAUUGUUAUAGUUUCCCACCCCCAUCGGUGGCCUAAGCAUGUGUCCGUGGGUCAGUGGAUUACCAGGCAGGAACGGACGGAUGAGCACGACCGUUCGUUGAAGUGGACUAAGUACACGUACACAGCGUGUACAUGCCCGGGUAGCAGCGGGGCUCCUGUGUACAAGCUUGGCACGGACAGGUUUUAUUACUUUCACCCUCACAGUGGGACCAACAGCAAUGUGAACUUUAGCGGGGAGGGUUGGGAGUGACUUCAGUUAGACUGUUUGAAUAGUAGUACCAACAGCAAUGUGAACUUUAGCGGGGAGGGUUGGGAGUGACUUCAGUUAGACUGUUUGAACAAUUCAGGCAGUGGUACCAACAGCAAUGUGAACUUUAGCGGGGAGGGUUGGGAGUGACUUCAGUUAGACUGUUUGAACAAUUCAGGCAGUGGUACCAACAGCAAUGUGAACUUUAGCGGGGAGGGUUGGGAGUGACUUCAGUUAGACUGAACAUUUCAGUCAAAAGGUACCAACAGCAAUGUGAACUUUAGCGGGGAGGGUUGGGAGUGACUUCAGUUAGACUGUUUGAACAAUUCAGGCAGUGGUACCAACAGCAAUGUGAACUUUAGCGGGGAGGGUUGGGAGUGACUUCAGUUAGACUGAACAUUUCAGUCAAAAGGUACCAACAGCGAUGUGAACUUUAGUGGGGAGGGUUGGGAGUGACUUCAGUUAGACUGAACAUUUCAGUCAAAAGGUACCAACAGCGAUGUGAACUUUAGUGGGGAGGGUUGGGAGUAACUUCAGUUAGACUACUUAGUCAAAAUAUACCAACAGCAAUGUGAACUUUAGCGGGGAAGGUUGGGAGUGACUUCAGUUAGACUACUUAGUCAAAAUAUACCAACAGCAAUGUGAACUUUAGCGGGGAGGGUUGGGAGUAACUUCAGUUAGACUACUUAGUCAACAUAUACCAACAGCAAUGUGAACUUUAGCGGGGAGGGUUGGGAGUAACUUCAGUUAGACUACUUAGUCAAAAUAUACCAAAAGCAAUGUGAACUUUAGCGGGGAGGGUUGGGAGUAACUUCAGUUAGACUACUUAGUCAAAAUAUACCAACAGCAAUGUGAACUUUAGCGGGGAAGGUUGGGAGUGACUUCAGUUAGACUACUUAGUCAAAAUAUACCAACAGCAAUGUGAACUUUAGCGGGGAGGGUUGGGAGUAACUUCAGUUAGACUACUUAGUCAAAAUAUACCAAAAGCAAUGUGAACUUUAGCGGGGAGGGUUGGGAGUGACUUCAGUUAGACUACUUAGUCAAAAUAUACCAACAGCAAUGUGAACUUUAGCGGGGAGGGUUGGGAGUGACUUCAGUUAGACUACUUAGUCAAAAUAUACCAACAGCAAUGUGAACUUUAGCGGGGAAGGUUGGGAAUAACUUCAGGUAGACUACUUAGUCAAAAUAUACCAACAGCAAUG